CCCCCCCCCACCUACUCAUGAUAUAAAGUAGACUUCAUUCCUCUCCCCCUUGUUGUUAUUUCUUGUAUCUCUUCUGCUUAUUUCCAUCUAUUGCGAAAAAGUACUUUCACAUUCUACCCACCAACACAACACAAUCACAAGCCCAAUCUGCCUUGUAUAGAGCACAACAUGGCUCCCCUCCAGGUCUUCAUUACCGGUGCCACCGGCUACAUUGGCGGUGAUAUCUUCUACAAUGUUCACCAAGCACACCCUGACUGGGAAUACGCCGUCUUGGUGCGCAGUAAGGAAAAGGCCGACAAGCUCGCCAGUGAAUACCCCAAGGUUCGCGUCGUGUUGGGAGACCUAGACUCGGCUGAACUCAUCGAGGAGGAGGUCAAAAAGGCCGACAUUGUCUUUCACGCUGCCGACUGCGACCACGUUGCGUCUGCUGAGGCGAUUGCCAAGGGUGCGGCUCAUCAUACCCCGGAGCGCCCCCUGUGGUGGAUUCAUACAUCCGGUACCGGUAUCCUGACAGUCGAGGACUUCCGUUCCAACACCUGGGGCAAGUACCGCGAAAAGCAGCACGAUGACUGGGAUGGCGUGGAUGAGCUCCUCAAUCUGCCGGCGGACUCGUUCCACCGCAAUGUGGACGAGAUUGUCAUUGCCGCGGGCCAGCGGGACCCCAACAGUGUCAAGGUUGCCAUCGUCUGCCCGCCUACCAUCUACGGCCCUGGCCGGGGCCCAGGCAACCAGAAGAGUGUGCAGGCCUACUGGUUGACGGCUGCGGUCUUGAAGCGGAAGAAGGGCUUCCUGGUGAAUGAGGGCAAGAACAUCUGGCACCAGAUUCACGUGCAAGACCUGAGUGAUCUCUAUCGACUGUUGGGAGAUGCCGCUGCUGCGGGUGGCGGUAAGGCUACCUGGAACGACAAGGGCUACUACCUGGCCGAAAAUGGCCCCUUCGUCUGGGGAGACAUCUCGCGGGAGGUGGCCAAGGUCGCCUAUGAGAAGAAGCUGAUCCCGUCCCCUGACGUGGAGCCCAUUUCGGACGACGAGGUGAAGCAACUGAACGAAUUCGGUCUGUAUGCUUGGGGCAGCAGCUCCCGGGGCCACUCUUACAGGGGUAGGAAGCUGCUCGGAUGGUCUCCUCACCGGCCGAGCCUGAAGGAGCUCAUUCCGCAGAUUGUUGACAUUGAAGCCAAGGCGUUGGGCUUGCUGUAGACGGAAU